AUGGGAAUUAAGUUUUUAUGUUUAACACUUACGUUUAUCGGUGUAAUUUGUAAAGCUAUAAAUAUAGAUGGAUAGUUGCAAAAUAAAUUAAAAAAGUUAAUUCAAAAAGUAGCCCAAUCACAUUCAUAAGAUAAAAGUUUUGUUAAAUAUAUUUCGGAAAAAUUUGAGGGUUUCUUUUAAAACAAAGUACCUCAACUCUUGCCACAAUAAUUAAAAUAAAGCGAAAAAGCAAGCCAAACUAAUUUUAUUAUUCGCCAUUAUGAGAACUUUUUAAUUGCAUAAUAUUCUAAUUUAAGCAACAUUAAAAGCAAUAUUAUUGGUUAAAUUAAAUGCUAAGCUCAUAAGAUCUUAUAUGCAAAAUCCAUAGACAAUAAUACUAACUCUUUUACAGGAGAGGGUUUUUAAUUUAAGGUGACGUAUGAUAAAAACUUCAAUCCAAAGUAUGAGUUAUAUGAAGGCUAAUUCUUAAAUGGAUUAAAACAUGGCAGAGGGAAAUUGUAUGGUUAGAAAUCUGAGAAUGUUGAUUAUGAAGGCGAGUGGAAGAAUGAUGAAAUGGUGUCCAAACGUUAAGAAAAAUUUUAAACACUUUAGUUAGAAAGACAGUCGCUAAUAAAGGUGAUUAUUAGAGAUGGUGAUACUAUAAUUAAUUAGAAUAGUAGGCAGAUUGAGAAUAGGAAAAGAUAAUAGAAUUGGAUCAAAUUUAAUUAAUAGAUUUCUGAGGAUGAUAUAGCUAGAUUAAAGAGAAAGGAUGGAUGGUUCACGAGUUCAAUUAUAGACAGCUUUGCCUUACAUCUUAAUAUAAAAAUGGAAGAGAAAUACUUUUAAAUUGACCCUAAUGAGAGGAAAUAGGCUAUAAGACAAGUGUUUAUUCCAAGUUAGGUCUUUACUUCAAUGCAGAAUAAUCAAAAGGAUAUCAACUAAGAGAUUUUUCAAAAGCAUUUUCUAGAGUAUAAGAUGAUAGAAUAUAAAAUAGAGAAAUUAUUUGACAGAGUUAAUUUUAUUGUUAAUAGAAAUAACAGGCAUUGGUUUUUAAUAUAACUAAAUUUAAGAAAUUACGAAAUGAUUAUAAUGGAUAGUAUUAAAAAUAAGCUACAAUAUUACACCUUUGCAAAAGACAUUCUCAAUUAAAUAUUUGAUAAUAAAAUAAAGAAGAUAACUUUAUCAGAUAAAUGUCAUAUCUAAAAGAAUGGACAUGAUUGUGGCCCAUUUACUUGCUUACACAUGUUAGAGAUAAGUGAGAUCUAAUAAAAUUUGAGAAAUCCUUCUUAAAUGAGGGAUUUUUUAAUGUUAUUACUAGAAUAAGAUUGA